AUGCGUUCCACUCUUUAUGCGCUCGCGGCAUGGCCGCUUGCGGCUCAGGCCCUCGAAUUCCUCGACGACAACAAGAACGUCGAAGAAGGCGGCAUUAUGCGAUAUUCUCUUACUGCUGCCAAAGGUGCUCGUUCCAAGCACCUCCACAGGCGCCAGGACACCGCCGAAUUGCAAUCCCAGGAGACUGGUUACUUUUACAGCAUCGAACUCGAAAUCGGUACCCCACCGCAGGCAGUGAGCGUCAAUUUCGAUACAGGCUCUUCUGAGCUAUGGGUCAACCCCGAGUGCAGCAAGGCUACCGACCCAGCCUUUUGCCAGAGCUUUGGCCGAUACAACGCAUCCAAGACUUUUGUCGACACCAAGGCCGACGGAGGUAUCAAGUACGGCACCGGAUAUGUUGAUUUCGUCUACGGCUACGACUAUGUCCAGCUUGGCUCAUCCAGAAUCAGCCAGCAGCUCUUCGGUGUUGCGACUGACAGUGAAUUUGCCUCGAUUGGUAUCCUCGGUGCUGGCCCUAACCUGAGUGGCUGGACUAGUUCUUACCCGCUGGUCAUCGACAACUUGGCCAAGCAGGGCUUCAUCAACAGUAGAGCUUUCAGUCUUGAUAUCCGAGGCCUUGACAGCGACCGAGGCUCCGUCAUCUACGGUGGUAUCGACACCAAGAAGUUUUCCGGUCCCCUGGUGAAGCGACCUAUCAUCCCCGCCGCCUCGUCUCCGGAUGGUUAUACUCGUUACUGGAUCUACAUGGAUGGUAUGACCAUUACCACCGAGGAUGGAUCCCACGUCGAAAUCUUCAACAAGCCCAACGGCCAGCCGGUGCUUCUCGACAGCGGCUACACCGUCAGCACUCUUCCUAGCUCCAUCUUCACAAAGAUCCUCGCAGCUUUCCCCAUGGCUCACAUUGAGGCUAGCUCCGGCGACUACUUGGUGCCCUGUGAUAUCAUCGACACCCCUGGAUCAGUCAACUUCCAGUUUGGCGAUGCCACUGUCAGCGUCGACUACAAGGACUUCAUCUGGCAGCAGCCUGACCUGGGCAUCUGCAAGCUUGGCGUUUCUCAGGAUGACGACUUCCCCGUUCUCGGCGAUACCUUCUUGAGGGCUGCUUAUGUGGUCUUUGACUGGGACAACCAAAACAUCCACGUUGCCAAGAACGAGGACUGCGGUACACACCUGAUUCCCAUCGGCAAGGGCGCUGACGCUGUCCCAUCCGGCCUCAAGGGUGAUUGCGCUGCUGCUGGCCAGACAACCACCUCUGCUGUGCAAACCACCUCCGCCGCCGCCAGCACCUCUGCGCGCGUCUCCACGUCUGCAGCAGCCACUACCACAUCUGUCGCCAUCACCACCACUGCACCGGCUACCAGCGGAUUGAAGGCCACGACCUCGUCUCAUCGCUUUGCCAACGGCACUGUUACCUACAGCGUCCCGCAUGGCAGAACCACCGUCAUCUCUGAGAUUAGCUCGGCCGCUGCCACCCAGCUCGACACCACCACCGCGCCUGCGUCCGGUACCACUGCCGCUCCAACUUACACCUCGACCUUCACCACGACCAACGUGUAUACCAUCACCUCUUGCCCACCCAGUGUCACCAACUGCCCUGUUGGCCACGUCACGACCGAAGUUGUUACUGCCUACACGACUUGGUGCCCG